GCAGCCCAGCCGGCUAGAAUAGUGAAAAAAGAAAAGAAAAAAACACCUGCUAGUCUGGUGUAGUCAUUGUUCAUAAAAAUGAGCGAUAACAGCAAAGGCCGGGUACGUAUAAACUUUGUGACAAUUUUUAAAAACACGUUUAUUGCACGUAACUGAAUUAUUGUGUUUUGUUUGAACUGUCAAAAUUAACGUAUUAUCUUAAUCUUUAUUUUGUCUCUAUAAAUAACGUUCUCGAUUUCCUUGAAUACCUCAUCCCCCCGAGAAUUUCAUUGUAAAUGAUGUACAUGUUAUAUUUGAGUCGUUUAUCUUAUUAAUUGCUUAGCAAUAAACGUCAGUUUUAGCUAGCUAGUAGCUAACGCUAGCUUCUGAUUGAUAGCUAGGCCGCAGGCCCCACGAACGUUAAUUUAGUUAUAAUUUGGGCACGACUGCCCACUGAAAUGUAGAACGUUCCAAAAUUCAGAAUUGGUGUUUUAACUUUGUCCAAAUCUAAAUAGGUGCCAUGCUGCGCUUUGUUUUUGUUAGCUCGUGUACAAUCGUGCACCGAACUCAUAGAAUGUACUAGAUCAUUAACGUUCCUUCUGUGAAAUGUCAUAUAAUUUGUUGAAAAUGUGUUUUAUUUGAUAGUAUAUUGCAUAUUUACAUAACAGACAAUUCUCUGAGUGGGGUUAAUUUACAAGUAUAUAAUUACUGGCUGCCGCUAUGAGUUUUUUUCCGAUCAUGUGUUGGAAAUUUAUCGCUUGUCAAAGUAGGAAUUGAAGUUGAAAUCGAACGACCUGAAGAUGUCUCCCAGUUCUUUUGUAUUCACUUCCUCGUCAGCGCAGUCAAGUCAUGGUAAAACUGCGGCUUCAUUGAUUAGAGCUGCAAGGAGUUUUAAUAAAAUCAUACCUCCUUCAGCGGUGAGACCAUGCUCGCUGUUUAGUAACCACCAUGCGGUAAGGAAACCCCCAUCCAGCCUGCUGCUCAGUCACGGCAUGCUCAAAAUGAAAGCCAAAUUCCGUGCUGAUGGGCCUGGAUCUUGUCCUUAUUUUUUGGCUCAUUUCUCUAUUUAGGGCACCCCAAAUAAUCUUUUUUUUUUGUUUAAGUAAUUGUUUUUGGACAGAGAUGAUUUUAUUUUGUGAUUUUGGACAUUUUCUUUCAAUAGUUCACUGUUUUUUUAGUAUGGCUUACACGUUUUUAAAUGCUGCUGACAGAGGUUAAUACAAAAAGGGGCUUAAGUAUCUUGAGGUCGUUCUGCUUGUCCUAAAUCAAGCUUAACUUUAAACACAGUGUUUGAUUUGGUAAUGAACAUGAUUUAUUCACAUUCAGUGGUUUCAUAAUCAAAUGUGUGCAUUCAUUUGUUUUUAUUUGACUGAUUUUUAUUAAAAGUGAUAUUAAUAGUAAUGAAAUAAAGGAAAAAGUUGGAGAUAAAAUGUAGAACCACUGAAGGUGAAUUGUACGUUAAUUUGAACAUUUUUGAAAUAUCCCGAUUUAUGUCAUAACAUUCUUCUAAAUUCAAAGUUGCCGUUUCAAUUGUAGUCAUACAUAUUCUUCAUGCUUUUUCUUCCAUUAAGGUUAAGGUUGGACGAAGAAAAUGCAGAAGUCGUCUCAUGUCCACUUUAUUUUCAAAAAUGUGAAGCUCAGAUGUGUGAAGCUGAAUUGUUGAGUGCAUGCUAAAACAUGAGGAGGGAAGAAGUAUGGGCAAUGUGUGUGGAGGGGAGAAGAGAAGAUGUAAGGAAAUUGAAGAAAGAAGAAUAAUGUGAAGUAAUGAAGUUAAAGAAAAUGAAGUUAAGGAAGUAAUCUGGAUAAGGUCACUGCGCUAAGUAAUUUUUUUUUGGUCUUUUUUUGUCAAAUCCGUGCAUGUUCUUAUUUUUAACUAUACAGUGCCACACAUUAAUUUUAAUACUGGAAUUUUAAAAAUGACUUUUUAUUCUCUUACUAUUAUAGCACAUUUAUCAUAUUGAUGUAAAAAAUUUAAUUCAUUAUUUUUUUCUUUGUGGCUUAUAUAAUUUUUACCUUUAUUUCUAUGCAACAAUUUAAUUUUUUUUUUUUUCUAUAUUUUGCUUAAAAACUGUAUCAAUUUAUAUCAGUUAUUUUGACAUUUUCCAUUCCCCAUCACAUGUCUAAUAACACUAGUAUUGGUGUGUGUGUGGUUGGUUCAGGAGUCUCGCUCCGCAUCCAGGAGCUUGAGUCCGCGGGGUUCUGGGAAGUCGGCGAGCCGCUCGCCGGCUCGCUCACCCGCCCGUUCUAAAGAUGGCUCCCACCACUCCCGUUCCAAGUCUUGGUCUCGGUCUCGGUCCCGGUCCAGAUCAAAAUCUAGUUCGCAUUCCCACCGUAGCUCACGCAAACACUAUAGCCGUUCUCGGUCACGCUCCAAGUCAUAUCGGCGCAGAUCUCGCAGCAGGUCCUACAGUGGAGAACGUCGGAGAAGGAGCCAUAGUCGCUCACCCAUGUCUAACCGCCGCAGACACAUUGGCAACCGUGCCAAUCCUGACCCAAAUGCCUGCCUGGGAGUUUUUGGGCUGAGCUUGUACACUACAGAGAGGGAUCUGAAAGACGUCUUCUCUAAAUAUGGCCCUCUGGCAGAUGUCUCUAUAGUAUAUGACCAGCAGUCAAGGCGCUCCAGGGGUUUUGCAUUUGUUUACUUUGAAAACACACCUGAUGCUAAAGAGGCAAAAGAGAAAGCCAACGGCAUGGAGCUGGACGGUCGUAGGAUCAGGGUAGAUUUCUCCAUCACCAAAAGACCGCAUACCCCAACGCCUGGAAUCUAUAUGGGACGACCUACUUAUGGAGGAGGAGGAGGAGGAGGUCCUGGUGGUCCUCGACGGCACUCGCGAGACAAUGAUCGUGGAUACGAUCGUGGCUAUGACCGAGGCUACGAUCGCUAUGACGACAGAGAUGGCUAUAGAUCUUACAGGCGACGAUCUCCAUCACCAUACUACAGAGGAGCCUACAGGUCUAGAUCAAGGUCGCGCUCCUAUUCUCCCCGUCGAUAUUAAUGCUUUCUGGGAAGUAAUUGAUCUCAUGUCUUGGACAAAAACUAAUUUUUGUGAGUGAAAUAUGUUGAUAUUGCAGUUUUUUGUUUUGGUUUUUAUUUUAUUGCUUUAAGGGAUGGUUUUCCUUUUUUAUAUAUAUAAAUAAUUUGUUGAGCAUGUAUAUUUUGUUUGGUAGCUCAAGAACAGACACCUGCUGAGUGUGCUAAAAGUUUAAGAGGAAAAAGGACAACAAAAAAAGGCUUUUCUUGUCACAUAAAAGAUCUAUUCAAGACUGUGUGUUCUAUACUUUCAGUAUUGUCACCGGUUAACCAACAUUUGAAUCAGUUAGUUAUGUCUUUCUCUCUAAAUCAAAGAGUAGUUUUACCUUGCAGGACAGCAAUUCCUUGUCUCCAUCUACCUUUAUCGGCUAGUUUUUAUCAAUGUGGCUAAAUAUGCGUUGUAAUUAAACAUCUGAGUUCAGGGCAGUCCCAGGCAAGCCCCAAGUCUUAGGUGCAGUUCAGACUUUAGUAACAGGAGUUGUGGUACUUUAAAGAUGGCCUCCAGCAUCCAACAUUGGUUCUCUUGCCUGUAAGGCACAUAUGGAAAUCCUUAUGCCACAUCUUUAAUAGGAACUCAUGUAACUAUCCUUUUAGGAGAACCACUCUUCAGCUUCCAUAUGAAUGUGUUUAUUAGAAAAAAUCUGAUGUGAUUUGUGCAAGAGUCACCAUGGUUUUAAUUGUAUAGACAAGUUCCAUUGAUGUAAAUGUUUUUGUUGUAUAAAAACUCAGUGGACAAAAUGAUCCCUAAAGAGAUUAAAGACAAUACUUUUUUUCCAA